AUGAUAAGCUGCCGAGCGCCUCCUCACCUGAGGUCGGUGCCUGCCCGCCUGCUCUCUCCUUACCGUCGCUCCCGUCAGAGAAAACCGCGUGCCCACCGGCUUCUGCUUCUCGUCAACGACGCACUGCAAAACGCAACCGGCGCCGCGCUUGGUCCUCUGGGAUUUUACCCAGGGUGCCGUGCUGUUGCCCGGGUAACGGAGUACUGUCGUGGGCUUUCCAACGGCCGUGGGCGGGUGCGUAAAAGCAGCGGAGCCUUUCGGUUAGCGAAGUCUCCCGAUCCUGGAAGCAGUUCUGGAUAUGUGUCAGCCACACUCUCUCCAUACUCUCAGCCCAGCAACAGCGAGAGCAUAGAGACAUCUGCUGCAGAGGCCUGGAACAACCAGAUCGUGAGGCACAGGUUUGUACGGAAGGUUUAUACCAUCUUGAUGGUACAGUUACUGACGACUUUUGGAAUUGUGGCGUUCUUUAUGUUCUGUGACUCAGUCAAAAGAUAUGUACGUAAAAACAUCAUCUUGUACUACACCUCAUUUGGGAUCUUCGUUUCCAUGUACUUGGUUCUUGCCUGCUGUACCAGAGUCAGGAGAUGUUUUCCCUGGAAUUUAAUUCUUCUGUCAAUUUUUACUCUGAGCAUGUCAUACAUGGCAGGGAUGCUUACCACCUACCACAACACAAAGAUUGUGCUGCUGUGCAUUGGGAUCACAGCCUUGGUCUGUUUCACAGUUACCAUCUUCUCCUUCCAGACAAAGUUUGACUUCACCACCUGCCAUGGCCUGCUGUUUGGGUUGACCAUCGCAUUGCUGCUGACGGCAUUGGUCAUGGGCUUCACUGUCCCCCUUGGAUACCUGCCCUGGUUACACACCGUUUAUGCAGGUCUUGGAGCCAUUGUCUUUACUCUGUUCCUGGCUUACGAUACACAGCUUCUGGUAGGGAACAAGCACUACUCCUUGAGUCCCGAGGAGUACAUCUUCGCUGCACUCUGUCUCUACGUCGACAUUAUCUUCAUCUUCAUCUUCUUCCUGGAAUUUGGGAAUCGUGAGUGAGCAGCUGCUGGCGUGCCCAAUAGCUCAUGGCUCCUUCCCACUGUCUCUCUCUAUCUGUAAAAUUUGAAGCAAACCAGCCUUGGGGACUCAAUCCUCCACUUAACUGCUUCUGUGGGCUCCUAUCUCCUGGUCAGUUCAAAGUGGUGUUGGAGUGAUGUCCCCCUUCUCUGUUCCAACACUGCACCAUGCAGGGUCAGGGAGGGUAUGGAAAUAAUAUGUUCAGUUUUCAGUUUUCCCUGCCCUGACACUAGCACAGAACCAAGAUCCCAAGGUCAACUUUUGCUUCCCCAUCUCCAUCCACGCUGUAUUGUCCCAGACUGCACAGGGAAAGUGAAGUCUGUGUCCAUCAACAGAUAAGACCCUUGUUUACAUUCAUCCUUUUAAAAACUGCUCAAGUAAACUUACGUAUUAUAUUAGCUUAGUUUUUAUUGUGUUUAUCAGUCUAGUGAGUUGUGGUCUCUGGUACUGAAUGAGCACUGCAACAUCUCUUCCAGAGCAUUGUUCUGUUCACACCCACCUGAAUUUAUUUCAGAUAAAAAGAGACAUUGUGUCUUGGUGUAAUAUUAACAGUUAUUUUCUGUAAUCUUUGUACAUUUUGAUUAAAAUUGUUACAGCUUUUCAGUUGAUGUCCAAUCUUUUUUUCAGUCAUGGAAUCUUAAAGCAGGAUCCAAGUCUUUGAACUGACCCUACUUUUUCACACAAUUAAGUUUCACCACUAUUCAUUUUGAAAGCUUCUUGUGAACUUGCUUUUUGCUAAAUGUCAUAAAUUGAUCAUUUCAACCUCUGGUUACUAAUCCUCCCAUGAUCAGUAAAUUUCCCAUUUCCCUAAUUCUCUUACUGUUCUUUGCUCCUCAGGGAACCAUCUCAUGUUUCCAGUUUCUCAAUGGAACCAUCAGAGUUCCCACAAUCCUGAUCGAUAAGUUACAGAACCUGGGCCUCUGUACCUCCCUCUGCAAUUGGAUCCUCAACUUCCUAACUGGAAGACCAUAAUUUGUGUGGAUUGGUGAUAAUAUCUCCACCUUGCUGAUUAUCAUCACUGGUGUACCUCAGGGGUGUGUGCUUAGCCCACUGCUCUAUUCUCUUUAUACCCAUGACUGUGUGGCCAGGCAUAGGUCAAAUACCAUCUAUAAAUUUGCUGAUGAUACAACCAUUGUUGGUAGAAUCUCAGGUGGUGAUGAGAGGGUGUACAGGAGUGAGAUAUGCCAACUAGUGGAGUGGUGUUGCAGCAACAACCUGGCACUCAACGUCAGUAAGAUGAAAGAGCUGAUUGUGGCCUUCAGGAAGGGCAAGACAAAGGAACACAUACCAAUCCUCAUAGAGGGAUCAGAAGUGGAGAGAGUGAGCAGUUUUAAGUUCCUGGGUGUUAAGAUCUCUGAGGAUUUAACCUGGUCUCAACAUUUCGAUGCAGCUAUAAAGAAGGCAAGACAGUGACUAUAUUUCAUUAGCAGUUUGAGAUUUGGUAUGUCAACAAAAACACUCACCCAAGACUUCGACAGAUGUACCGUGGAGAGCAUUCUAACAGGUUACAUCACUGUCUGGUAUGAGGGAAUCACAGGACUGAGAGAAGCUGCAGAGGGUCAUAAAUUUAGCUGACUCCAUCUUGAGUACUAGCCUACAAAGUACCCAGGACAUCUUCAAGGAGCAGUGUCUCAGAAAAGUAGCGUCCAUUAUUAAGGACCCUCAUCACCCAGGGCAUGCCCUUUUCUCACUGUUACCAUCAGGUAGGAGGUACAGCAAACUGAAGGCAUGCACUUGGCGAUUCAGAAACAGCUUUUUCCCCUCCGCCAUCUGAUUCCUAAAUAGACAUUGAACCCAUGAACACUACCUCACUUUUUCAAUAUAUGUUUCUGUUUUGCACAAUUUUUAAUCUAUUCAAUAUACAUAUACUGUUAUUUAUUUUUCUUCUAUAUUAUGUUUUGCAUUGAACUGCUGCUGCUAAGUUAACAAAUUUCGUGACACAUGCUGGUGAUAAUAAACGUGAUUCUGAGUAGAGAACCUAGAACCAGCCCCAGGUUCCAUUCCUGAGCAUUGUUGAUGACCUGAGCUAUUUGUAAGUCAUAAAUGAACAUCACUGUGUGGGACAGUCACAAAACUACUGUAACAGGACAGCCAGCAGGCACAGGAAGAGUGUCUGCCAGCAGGCCUCAAUGAGAAGUGAGAACGUUCAGUGCUCCCAGCUCAACUCAGCUUCCUAACUACUAACCAUUGCAGUUCAUUUGUAGGAUACGUGUCUAUAACUUGGGUGUUUGUAAACUAGAGGGCCUGUAUGUGGUUUUUUGUAAUUUAUUUACUUCCCUAAGAAGUAACAUUCACUGAACAAAAAAAAGAGUAACCAGCUAAAACAAAUCACAGUGACAGAUUUAACACAGAGAACCCAGACCUGUUAACUUAUCCAAUGACCAUUAUGUCUUAGGUCCAAUAUUAUCUAUGUUAAAUCUGUUUUGUAGCCCUGAAGCUCAACAUCUUCCUUAUAAUACAGUAAAACUGGAACAUUCUCAUGACUUCAACCAAAAGACUGCUACUGUUAGAAAUCUGAAAUAAAAGCAGAAAAUGCUGGAAUAAAAUGUGCAAUCCAGUCACUGCACUAUACUGUUUGUGAUAGCACUGGAGAGGAUGCAGGGGAUUCACCAGGAUGUUUCCUGGAGUGGAGGAGAAUACAAGGGAUGAUCAAAGUAUAUAAAAUUAUGAAGGGUAUAGAAAGAGGAGAUUGCAGAAGCUGUUCCCUUUUUCAGAGGCAGAUAAAACUGGAGGAUAUAGGGUAAGAGAAAAGUAAUUUAGAGGAGAUCUGAGGGGAACAUGUUUUAUUCGGAGAUUGGUAUCUGGAAUACACAGCUGAAGAGAGUGGUGACAACAAGAUCACUGACUGUGCUUGAGAAUUUAUAGAUGAGCAUUGAAGUCACCUAGUAUUAGAAGGCUCCUGGCAGAUGGGAUUAAUGCAGAAGGUUGACAUGAAUGGGGGAGGGAGUCUGAAUGGCCUGUUUCUACCUGUCAGAUCCCUUCCCUUGUUCUAAAAUCAAAUCAUGCUUCUCCAGUCACAAACAAGAGAAAAUCUGCAGAUGCUGGAAAUCCAAGCAACACACACAAAAUGCUGGAGAAACUCAGCAGGCCAGGCACGUCUAUGGCAAAGAGUAACCAGUCCACAUUUCAGGCUGAGACCCUUCAUCAGGGCUGGAGAAAAAAGAUGAGGUCAGAGUAAGAAGGUGGGGGGAGGUGAGGAAGAAAUACAAGGCAGUAGGUGAUAGGUGAAACUGGGAGAGGGGGAGUUGAUUGGUGAAAGAGAUCAAGGGCUGGAGAAAGGGGAAUCUGAUAGGAGAGGAUAGAAGGCCAUGGAAGAAAGGGAAUUGGGAGGUGCUCCAGAGGGAGCUCAUGAGCAGGUAAGGGGAGAGAGAGAAAUGGGAAUGGGGAAGGCUGAAGGGGGUGGGGGGGGGCACUACCAGAAGGUCAAGAAAUUGAUGCUUAUGCCACCAGAUUGUAGGCCACCCAGAUGGAAGAUAAGGUGUUGCUCCUCCAACCUGAGUGUGGCCUCAUCAUGGCAGUAGAGGAGACCAUGUGAUCCACAAUUACUCCUUCACUGCAUCUUUCACCCCUCCUCAGUUCUCCGAUCACCUCAGACUCCCCUCUCACUGCUACCACACUCUUCUUUAUACUGACAACCUCACUCAGUUCUGAUGCAGUUUCAACCCGAAAUCUCAAUUCCAUACUCCGCCCUCCCCGAUGCUGCUCGACCCACUGAGUUCCUCCAGCAGACUGUUGCUCCUUCACAUCCUGCUUUAAUUUUGUGCAGGACCCUUCUGUAGGUCUGCCCUUUCCUGAGUGACACAAAACAUAAAGUUUUCCAUGUUGCUUGUUGAUGAUGUACAUUUGUCUCACCUGCACUAACUCAACCAGACCUGAAAGCUGUGGAAUUUCAGUUUUCUCCUUUAAUGGAAACUUUCCCUCUGCACCUCUCAGCUCAGCCCCAUCGCUUGCAUUUCUCUGGGACAUCAUAAAAUACACGUCCAAUGCCUUGGAUUGAACGUGGAAACGAUUAAUCAGAAUCCUUUGAUCCAUUUCAGGAGGAAUCUCCAGACAUUUCAGACAAUAGACAGAGAGACCAGGGAUCUCCCACUAUUUUAAUCCACACUAAGAGCUGGGAUGAUGAGGAAACUCAGGGCGAUGAGCAGUAGCUAUAGACAAAAGUGGACACUCAAUGUUUCGGGCUGAAACCUUCCAUCUAGAUUUCCAGUGAAAGAAAUUAACCUGAAAGAUAAACUGUCCAUUUCCUUCCACAGAUGCUGCUUAAUCCUGCUGAGUUCCUGCAGCAUCUUGUCUGUUACUCCAGAUUCCAGCAUCUGCAGUCUUCUGUGUCUCUGCUGGGCACCCUGUGCCUGGGUCCUCAGCUCAGGAAAUGCUCCUGAAUUUAUCUUUAUUUGAUCCAAUGGAUUGUUUACCAAUCUCUUUACAUAGAAACAUAGAAAACCUACAGUCCAGUACAGGCCCUUUGGCCCACAAAGCUGUGCCAAACAUGCCCUUACCUGAGAAAUUACCUAGGGUUACCCACAGCCCUCUAUUUUUCUGAGCUCCAUAUACCUGUCCAGGAGUCUCUUAAAAGACCCUAUCGUAUCCGCCUUCACCACCGUCGCCAGCAGCCCAUUCCAUGCACUCGCCACUCUCUGUGUAAAAAAACUUACCCGAUGUCUUCUCUGUACCUAUUUCCAAGCACCUUAAAACUGUACCCUCUCGUGCUAGCCAUUUCAGCCCUGGGAAAAAGCCUCUGACUAUCCACACGAUCAAUACCUCUCAUCAUCUUAUACACCUCUAGCAGGUCACCUCUCAUCCUCCGUCACUCCAAGCAAAAAAGGCCAAGUUCACUCAACCUAUUCUCAUAAGGCAUGCUCCCCAAUCCAGGCAACAUACUUGUAAAUAUCCUCUGCACCCUUUCUAUGGUUUCCACAUCCUUCCUAUAGUGAGGCGACAAGAACUGAGCACUGUACUCCAAGUGGGGUCUGACCAGGGUCCUAUUUAGCUGCAACAUUACCUCUCGGCUCCUAAACUCAAUCCCAUGAUUGAUGAAGGCCAAUGCACUGUAUGCUUUCUUAAGCACAGAGUCAACUUGUGCAGCAGCCUUGAGUGUCCUAUGGACUCAGACCCCAAGUUCCCUCUAAUCCUCCACACUGCCAAGAGUCUUAGAAUACUAUAUUCUCUCAUCAUAUUUGAUUGACCAAAAUGAACCACCUCACACUUAUCUGGGUUGAACUCCAUCUGCCACUUCUCCGCCCAUUUUUGCAUCCUAUCAAUGUCCCGCUGUAACCUCUGACAGCCCUACACACUAUCCACAACACCUCCAACCUUUGUAUUAUCAACAAUCAGGAGUUACAGGUAAAUGUGAAAUAGAAAGUAUUUCAACCAGUCACUGCAUGGGUUUGAUGGAAUCUCCUGUAUUGCCCACCUGGUUUAAUAAUGAAAUUUUCAAACCAUUCCACUUUUAUUAAUUGUUUUGCACUCAAGGAGGUAUAAAGUCUGGCACUCCAGUAAAUUAUGCCAUAAUGAUUUUCUGCCAUGGUUUACAAGUUGCUUGCAGAUUGAUAUUUAUCAGCUACAGUAUGUUGCACAGACAAGUGCUUACUUUCUUUGCUACCAAAACACAAGAGGAACUGGAACAAUUCAAUAAUCUAAGUGUUGAAACAAGUGCAUUAACUGGAAUUUCCAACAAUACUGCUGAACCAGAAUAAGUGAGACCUUGUUCAGUAGCAAGGUCAAGCUGUAAGGUUUGGGUGGAUGCUGAUAUGAUGACUCUUGGAAUUUGAGCUCCACAGAAUCUUCACUCAGUGACAGUGGCAUCCAGCAAAAAAUAAAGGGUCCCUAAAACACACACACACACACACACACAAAAGCACAUUAACAGAGACACACGGGAGCAUAUAUUACACACUACACACACAUCAAUAGCAAACAGUGACAUCAUGUACAAGUGUGUGCACAAACACAUGCACCCGCCAACAACAAAAUUAUAAACAGUUUUUGAAAGUUUCACAUUUCUUUGAAAAAAAGUGCUUUCACUAAUGAAAAGCUCCAAAGUCAUUCUCCACAACACAUUAUCACAGGCUGAGUGCCAUGAGUUCACACUAAUACAGUAAACAAAAUAUUCUGAAAUCACACAAAUAUUCUAAUCCAUGAUAACAUACAGACCCCCAGGAACACUGACAACACACACCCCACUCAAAGAGACCACACAGCACUAACCUGGAUGCUCUGUAA